AGGGCGGGCGCUGCGCCCGCUAUAAGAGGCCGCCCCGGGCCACCCCAGCAGCUCUGCCACCGCGCGCCGGUCUCGCUCCGCAGCCGGGACCGGCUCCCGCGCCCCAGGUGAUGGUGUAGCAGCGGCUGCUGCUGGCAGCAGCACCCCGAGCACGCGAAGCUGGCUCCCUGCGCCAUGGUCACCCACAGCAAGUUCCCCGCUGCCGGGAUGAGCCACCCCCUCGACACCAGCCUGCGCCUCAAGACGUUCAGCUCCAAGAGCGAGUACCAGCUGGUGGUGAACACCGUGCGCAAGCUGCAGGAGAGUGGCUUCUACUGGAGCACAGUGACGGGCGGCGAGGCCAACCUACUGCUGAGCACCGAGCCGGCCGGCACCUUCCUCAUCAGGGACAGCUCAGACCAGCGGCACUUCUUCACCCUCAGCGUCAAGACGGAGUCGGGCACCAAGAACCUGCGCAUCCAGUGUGAGGGUGGCAGCUUCUCCCUGCAGAGUGACCCCCACAGCAGCCAGCCCGUGCCCCGCUUCGACUGCGUGCUCAAGCUGGUCCAUCACUACAUGCCACCCGCACCCUGCGCCGUCCCCGAGCAGCCGGGGGGGGCCCUGCACCCCAAGCGCACCUACUACAUCUACUCAGGUGGCGAGAAGAUCCCCCUGGUGCUGAGCCGCCCGCUCUCCUCCAGCGUGUCCACCCUGCAGCACCUGUGCCGCAAGACCGUCAACGGGCACCUGGACUCCUAUGAAAAGAUGACUCAGCUGCCGGCCCCCAUCAAGGAGUUCCUGGACCAGUAUGAUGCCCCCCUCUAAGGGGCCAGCAGAGCAAGGUCACAUGCUACAAGCACAAGAGCAAGGGACAGGCACAAUGCCCCACCGGCGUGGGAGUUCACAGGGCACGCCGAGCCUCUCCCUCUGGGAAGGAGAGGAGGGGGACUGGGGAAAGCCGCUGUGGGCCCAGGGCUGUGGCCAGCAUAGCUGGGCACCUUUGGUGCUGGGGGGACCCCCGAGGAAGCAUGACACCUCUCCACAGGGAAGGGGGAUGGCUCCAGCCGGACUGUGGAAGUUACAGUGAGCCCAUUGGCAAAGCUCCUGUGGGCUCGGGUAGCCAGGAUGGCUCCUGUGACGCAGAGGAACGUGCACUUCGGCAACCCCAUCUUGGGGGUGUCCUGGUGAGAGCCCCUUCUGCCCCCAGGAACUGAAAGCACUGGAGCCCAGGAGUGCCUGAUCGCUUUUCCUCGGUUUUAAGAGGAAGGCAUUUUUUGCCCAUACUGUACUUUACCUCUUACUGCCUCCUUGUGGGUGGAAGCUCUUUUCACACCAGGCCCCAGACUUGGAGGUUGCUGCCUUUGUUCCCUCGUUGCCGUUUUCCAGGGGACUAAGCCUUAAUAUUCUCCCUGCCCCGCAAUCUGGGUUACUGCACAUCAUUUGGUGACGCUGCGUGAUGAAGGUCCUGCUGAUGUGAAGCCAGAGGGGAAGUGGCACAUCCCAAUGCUGCUGAAUCCCACACAACCGUGUCUGCAAGGAGCACCCCAGGCCCUUACUACCAGGAGUUGCACCCCACCUCUGCCCAGCCGCUCCCACAGACCCCGGCCACGCUGCUCCGUGCGGCACCGAUUCCCACAGGAACGUGGCAGGAGGAUCCCCUGGAGCGUGUCGUCUCAUGAGUGCUUUUCUGCAUCCACCCAGAGAAGUGGUUGGGUUUUUCUGGCUUUUUUUUUAAUUUUUAUUAUUUUUUUUAACCAAAGGGAUGUUUACAGGCCAACGUGAAUCACUGUCUUUUAUAAAGAUUCCAUCUUCACCUCCAGCCUUGAGGGCUGAGCAAAACCAUGCUUGAAAAUUCAACCAAAACCAAACUCAGAUGAAACUUUGCACAUAUUUAUAUUUAUAUUCAGAAAGGAAAUGUUUCCAUAAUUUAUAAUAAAGAGCACUAUUUUUUAAUGAAAAA